UUCAUAAUGCUUGCUCAGCUGAUUCUUCUUUCAGUUUGUUUCAUCGGCGAGUCAAAGAGAAAUGUUCUUCUGAUAAUUGCUGAUGACGCAGGUUUUGAAACCGAAGUUUAUAACAACUCAGUGGUCCGCACCCCCCACCUGCGCUCUCUGGCUCAGCGCAGCGUUGUGUUCAGCAAUGCCUUCACAUCUGUCAGCAGCUGCUCCCCGAGUCGCUCCGCCGUCCUCACCGGCCUGCCGCAGCAUCAAAACGGCAUGUAUGGACUUCAUCAGGGGGUUCACAACUUUAACUCGUUUGAUGGAGUUCAAAGUUUACCGCUGCUUCUCAGCCAGGCUAAUGUACACACAGGUAUAAUCGGGAAGAAGCACGUCGGUCCAGGAUCUGUUUACCCUUUUGACUUUGCCUACACAGAGGAAAAUAACUCUGUCCUCCAAGUGGGGAGGAAUAUCACUCGGAUCAAACUCCUGGUUCGUAAGUUUUUCCAGACUCAUAAGGAGGAAGUUGGUAAACAGAGGCAACAUGAAGAGAAAAAAGGCAACAAUGAAGAAGCUGAAGAGGAUGAAAGGCCAUUUUUUCUUUAUGUGGCCUUCCACGACACGCAUCGAUGUGGACAUUCGCAGCCCCAGUAUGGAGCUUUCUGUGAGAAGUUUGGGAACGGAGAAACUGGAAUGGGUAGGAUUCCUGACUGGACACCAGUAUAUUACACACCAGAUCAAGUAAAGGUUCCUCCUUUUGUUCCUGACACUCCUGUAUCACGAGCUGACCUGGCCGCACAGUACACCACAGUGAGCAGGCUGGAUCAGGGUAUCGGACUAGUCCUUCAGGAGCUCAGAGACGCCGGUUAUGAGAAUGAUACUUUGAUCAUCUACAGCUCAGAUAACGGCAUCCCCUUCCCGAAUGGCAGAACCAACUUGUACGACUCUGGAACAGCCGAGCCCAUGUUGGUUUCAUCUCCAGAACACAGGGAGAGGUGGGGAGACACCAGCCGGGCCUACGUCAGCCUGCUGGACAUCACUCCUACCAUCCUGGACUGGUUUUCUAUUCCCUAUCCAUCUUACAGCCUCCCCGGCAGUCCCACCAUGCAGGUCCACCUUACAGGUCGCUCCCUACUCCCAGCUCUGAUCACUGAGCCCAGCAGCUGGCACACGGUCUUCUCCAGCCAGUCGCUGCACGAGGUAACCAUGUACUACCCAACUCGCUCCGUCCACCGGGGGGCGUAUCACCUUCUCCAAAACCUGCACUACAGGAUGCCGUUCCCCAUCGACCAGGAUCUGUACGUGUCGCCCACCUUUCAGGAUCUGCUGAACCGCACGAGGCUGCAGCAGCCGACACACUGGUUCAAAACCCUGGAUCAGUAUUAUUACAGAGAGCGCUGGGAGCUGUUUGACACCAGAGCUGACCCACUGGAAACCAGGAACCUGGUCUCAGAUCCGGUCUACAGCUCCAUCCUGGAGAACCUGAAGCAGCUUUUGCAGAAGUGGCAGUGGGACACUGGAGAUCCCUGGGUCUGUGGACCAGACUAUGUCUUGGAGGACAAACUGGAGCCACGCUGCAGACCUCUCUUCAACGGACUCUGA